GCCAUCAUGGGCCGCAAACUGAAAUCCUUGAAGCAGCUUCAGGAUCUCGUUAACAACCAUACUUUUACCUUCAGUCGUGAAUAGAGUAUGCCGUUCAAGAGGCCAGCCGCGGCAUACCAUGAGUCGUCUGGUUACUCGUCUGGGAGGUCAAAACCCCCUGAGACAUCACCAGACGUGAAUGUCCCUUCGAAGAGGUCAAAAGUCCGUCGCUCGGCAAAAAUCUUUCCGAGUGUCAAGGCCUACAUUGUGCAAGCAAAGAUGGAUGGACCAACUAUUGCAGAGCUGUUCAUGCUUGCCGAGCGACACUGCGAACGUCUAUGCGACUACGCGGAAGACGCGGACGUGAUCAUUACCUCCAUUACAAUGCGUAGAAGGCUGGAGAGACACAUCUACAAAGCCGUGGUGACACCUGCGUGGUUACGCGACUCGGUCGCCGAAGGGGAGGCUCUUGAAUGCACACCAUACGUUGCUUUGCAAGACUUGCGAGAAGAGACUAUCAAUAACUGUCCCGUUUGCAAUGUGCGGCCUUGCGAAUGCGAGGACACUGAUGUCGAUGAACAGGCGCCAGGCCCCGAAACGAGCUACCCUUCGCCUCCCACCCCAGCGCCCAAGUCGAAACUCGCAGUGGCUGGUCCAUCCACUCUUGCGCGUCCCAUUCCUUCCCAUUUGCUUCCGCUUGCACCCCCGAUACCUACCGAGUUGUCGAAACUUCGCUACGCUUCGAAAUAUGCUUGUCAGCGAGCCUCGCCUUUGAUCUGUCUUAACCAGGCAUUGGCUGUCGAGUUGGAUAUAAUAAAACGGAGCCGGGCUCUGGAGGGCGAGGAACGCAGUGCCCUGAGCUACUCACGAGCUAUCAGCGCCAUCAAAGCCUACCCACGGCGAAUAACCUCCAUCCGCCAAGUUGAAGAGCUUUCACACGUUGGCACAAUCGCAAACUCUGAACGCUUCAAAGCUUUGAGCCUGUUCUCAUCGAUCUAUGGAAUCGGCCCCUCAACCGCACGCCGGCUAUAUGCGCUGGGACUCCGCACGGUAGACGACCUGGAAGUGUACUUUGGCGUAGAACCAGAAGAAGAGGAGAGUCAGCUCGUCGAGCUCGAACACCAUGAGAGGUUCGGUAGAGCGAGUGAAUCGGGCCUAGGGGAGACAUGGAUCAAGAUUGCGCUGGGUCUCAGGAAUGAUUUCGAGCUGAUGAUCCCGAGAGCGGAAGUUGAGGAGAUGGGUCGGGUCGUCAUGGAUGAGCUGAAUAUCGUCGAACACGGAUGCGUUUCGACCAUUGUCGGAGGCUAUCGACGAGGCAAGCCACAAAGCAACGACGUCGACAUUGUCUUCACGCACCCUGAUCCAACCAAAUCCAAAGGGCUCUGUAAGCGCUUCGUCCACCAUCUACACAAAAAGGGUAUGGUCACGCAUGUUAUGCACCUCUCAGGUUUCCACGGACAUAAUCCGCUCCGAACAACGCAUUGGGACUCGCUCGAGAAAGCGCUCACCGUGUUCAUCCUGCCUCCAUCUUCACCAUUCUACAAAGGUACGCGACGGCGGAUGGACCUUAUCUUUGCGCAGCCAGAGGUGUACUGGUGUGCGGUCAUUGGAUGGAGCGGCUCGAUUAUGUUCCAGCGAGAUAUCAGGCAAUGGGCGAAAGACAAGAAGGGCAUGAAGUUUGACAGCUCUGGAAUUACACGAAGAUACGACUCCAAGCCAUUCUAUCCAAAGACGGAGAAGGAGGUCUUCGAUCUCUUUGGGCUCGAGUGGGUAGACCCAGUAUGGAGGAAUGCAGAUGUUUGAGUUUAGUAGUUUAGCUUUGAGUUUUUGCUCACUCUACGCACUGUGGGCUGUACUGCCAGCUUCUCACCGCCCGUCGGAUAGUCUUGGCUAUAUUGAAAGAUCCAAUAAUGAGGAAUAGGCACGGACGUCUAAGUUAACUAUCGAUGAGUAGUCCAUUGAAAGGUUCUAUCGCCUAAAGACCAGGUGUAAGAUUAAAUGGAUGCGAUAGAUAAGGCGACAGUUCAAGCCUGGGUAUAUGAACGGCAAGCCACCCCAUACCUACCCUCUCAAACACGCGAAGCGAAGCGUGGGUCACUGCCGUACGUCUGUGGCGAAACAUUGCUCAUCGCAUACCCAUCCCCUCGUGGCCGUUGGGCCUCUUCGCGGCGCGCCUCGAGUUCGUACUUCGAUGGUACGAGGCCCUGAAUCAGGAAGAGCAAGGCGGCAACGAGCUCGGGGGAAGCUGCGAGCGGAUAAAACAGCGAGGGCUGGUUUUGCUAUAGGACGCG